UGCCCUUGCACACUCACACGCGCUCAAAGUUUUCCAAGACUUUUCAAACUUCUGCUCGAGCUCAAACCGCGCGCACGCGAGCUCUCUCGCCGCCUUGACUCCCGUUUUCCCCGAUUUCCGUUUCGUGCUUUGAAACUUUCUUUAACUCCAAGCAUUUUCCCCCUCUUCUAAGUUAUGUUUGCCUCUAAGUGUUUUCUUAUGGCGAAUAGAUGACAGCGCGCGAGGGUUUACAACUGCUUCACACGCGACACAGUGGAGCUGCGCUUCUAUAGUUUUAUUUUGGUAUCUUUCUAUCUAUAGUGUAUAUUUAUAGUACAGAGGCUUUCUUUCAAACUUCCCCAACACUUUGACUGCUAAAGGAUAUGGCUAUGCUCGUGUGGGACAUCAUUGUUUCUGUUACGUUAUUAAUUUCUCCGGCUUUUCUUUCGGCGGAUCAGAGCGGCUUCAGGAAACUGUACGUUGUGCAACCGGGACCGAGCGGUACGGACGGGGUUCACGUGAGCUCCAUUUCAUCGCUCUCGGGAGCGUCGGGACAGCCACACUCAUACAAUGUGGAGCUGAAAGCCAGCUUCGGUGGCCAGGUCCGGACCCGCAGAAUGGGUCACCAGCAGAACCCGAGCAUUCCGAUCCGCCAGGACGCGCAGUCUGGCCGACACACAUCCAGCCAUCACAUGAAAGUGUCAGGAGUGAACGUCUGUGGGGGGCAGUGCUGUGUUGGUUGGAGCAAGACCCCAGGAUCUCAGCGCUGCACUAAACCUAACUGUACACCCCCAUGCAAAAAUGGAGGGAUGUGCUUGGGGCCCCACAUGUGUGUGUGUAAGCCAGGCUCUAAAGGCAAGUCCUGUGAACAGACCACUCUCCCUCCAUCCUCUCAUCCAACUGGACCACUAAAUGGACACACCAAUGGUGGAGUCCCAAACGGAGGUCAUACGAACGGAUACUCCAACGGUCAUAAUGUAAUUCCCCAGCGCCCCAUUCCUCAGCAGAUCUUCCCACAGGGGCAAGGUCAAGUACCAUUACCACUGCCCGGCACCAACGUUGGACAUUUAACUCUGUCCAUGAAGCCGUCAGUUAAUGGACCCAUUCCAUAUCAACCACAAAUACAAAACCCAGUUUCGAUGACGAUGCACCAGAGUAAGUCCCAAAAGUUUUUGGUCCAGCAGAAAAACUACCACACACACACGCAGAUGCAAGGAGUGGGACCCACCUUGAACCGUGCCAUCCCGCUGUCAGUGGGCCACAACCCAAUUCAUGUGGGGAACCACACAGGCCGGAUCAAGGUGGUCUUCACUCCGACUAUCUGCAAGAUGACCUGCACCAACGGCCGCUGUCAGAACAGCUGUCAGAAGGGAAACACCACCACUAUCAUCAGUGAGAACGGACACGCCACCGACACGCUCACCGCCCCCAACUUCAGAGUUGUUGUUUGCCAUUUGCCCUGCAUGAAUGGUGGAAAAUGCAGCGCUCGGGAUAAGUGCCAGUGCCCGCCAAACUUUACUGGAAAAUUCUGCCAAAUGGCGAGUCCAAAUGGUCACCAGGGGCAGCAUACUGUUGUAAAUGGGCAGAAGACACAUGUCCACUCAACACACACGUUACCCCUCACUUAUGGCACUGGACAAAACCAAGGUAUGGUGAAUGUCCAUGUGAAACAUCCUCCUGAAGCCUCGGUCCAGAUUCAUCAGGUGUCUCCAGUGGACAGUAAUGGACAAGUGAAGAACACGCAGUCCAGCCAUUCCUUCACCUACCACAGCAGCAGCCAGAGCAUCCAGCAUGGGCACACUCACAGUGGUGUCAUUUACCCCAACCAGCAAACAUACCUCCAAUACCAGCCUGUCACAUCCAAGAGCCAACUAGGACGCUGCUUCCAGGAGACUACCGGAAUGCAGUGUGGGAAAGCUCUGCCUGGACUAUCUAAACAGGAUGCCUGUUGUGGGACGGUGGGCACAUCAUGGGGAUUCCACAAAUGCCAAAAAUGCCCCAAGAAACCAUCGAUUCCUUUGAUUGAAUGUCCUCAAGGCUAUAAGAGACUGAAUGGCACUCGCUGUAUCGACAUUGAUGAAUGUCAGCUUCAAGGUGUUUGUCCAAAUGGAAACUGCAUCAACACUGUGGGCAGCUAUAGGUGUAUCUGCAACCCAGGCUUUGUGCCUGAUCCAUCACUGACGUCCUGCUUCCCCGAAACACCUGCUCUUCGCGAGGAGAAGGGUGCUUGCUUCCGGUUUGUCGGUUCAGGGAAGCAGUGCUUGCACCCUGUGUCCACUCAGCUGAGUAAACAGUUAUGCUGUUGUAGUGUGGGCAAGGCCUGGGGUCCUCAUUGUGACCGCUGUCCUCUACCUGGGACAGCUGCGUUUAAAGACAUUUGUCCUGGAGGUAUGGGUUACCACGUCACCCCACCAUACAUUUACAAGCCCAAACCUCCUAAUGGACACACUCAGACAGACAGUCAGGGGUACAACAAUCCCACCAUCAGACACCAAGUCCCUAUGGAUCCUCCAGUGCCCUUCCCCACCCUCCAGCAGCCCGUGGAGGCUCUGAGCAUCACAGAGAGACAGCUGCCUGAGGUGGUGGAGAAAGUGUCACCACCGGCUCCAGUGGCAAUUCCACCUUCCAAUGAAGGUCAGGACAUUACCCCAACACAGCUGGCUGAGAUUGACGAGUGUGUAGUGAGACCUGAUAUCUGUGGUGCAGGAAUCUGUUAUAACACUGCUGAGAGCUACACAUGCUUCUGUGAUGACGGCUAUAGAACGGACAGUGAGGGCACCACAUGUGUAGAUGUCGACGAGUGUGCGGAGAACCCAAGUUUGUGUGCUAAUGGCCGUUGUCAGAACACUCCAGGCGGAUUCCUGUGUGUAUGUGAGCUUGGCUUCAUGCCUAACGAGAGGGGCAGCAGCUGUUCCGAUAUUGAUGAAUGUCAGAACAGGAGAGCGUGUCCAUCUGGUCUCUGCUAUAACACUUUGGGCUCAUUCAUGUGUUCUCCCUGUCCGGAUGGGUUUGAAGGAAAAAACGGCCAAUGUGUAGAUAUAAAUGAGUGUCUGGAUAAAAGAGUGUGCGCUCAUGGUCAGUGCUCUAAUCUGGAGGGCUAUUUCGUCUGCACGUGUGAUGAAGGGUUCUUGCCCACUCCUGAUGGCAAAAGCUGCACAGACAUUGAUGAAUGUCAGGACGAUAACGUGUGUAUCCAAGGUCACUGUCAAAACACACAGGGGUCAUUCAUCUGCAACUGUGAGCCUGGCUUCAAACUGUCGUCCUCAGGAGACCAAUGUGAAGAUGUGGAUGAGUGUUUGGUGAUACCUCAGACCUGUGAUGGUGUGGGCCAGUGCGUCAAUAUCUUAGGGUCUUACCAGUGCAAUUGCCCACAGGGGUAUAGACAAGUCAAUAGCACCAGCUGCCUUGAUGUUGAUGAAUGUGAAGAUGAUACACAACUGUGUAUCCCGAAUGGAGAAUGUUUGAACACUGAGGGUUCAUUCCUGUGUGUGUGUGAUGCUGGCUUUGUGUCCACCAGGACAGGCUGUCAGGAUGUGGAUGAGUGUUCUCUGAAUGAGAAUACCUGUGGAAGUCAUGGUACUUGUCAGAAUACAAUAGGCUCCUUCAUCUGCCAGUGCGACCCGGGAUUUAAGGACUCUCAGGAUGGGCAGGGCUGUGUGGAUGUGAAUGAGUGUGAGCUUCUCGGUAAUGUGUGUGGUGAAGCCACCUGUGAGAACCGUGAAGGCACCUUCCUGUGUUUGUGUCCUGAUGACCUGCAAGAGUUUGACCCAAUGCUUGGCAAAUGCAUCUCUACACCUCCAGUCACAACGGUUGAGAGGAAAGAGUGUUACUUCAACCUGAAUGAUGAAAACCUUUGUGAUAAGGUUCUGGCCAGCAGCAUGACUAAAGAGGAGUGCUGCUGUACACUGGGAGCAGGAUGGGGAGACAACUGUGAGGUCCAUCCCUGCCCCAUACCGGGAACAGAUCAGUUCUCACAGAUGUGUCCAGCAGGCCGGGGUUACCUGAUUUCUGGAGAUCCUAUGAGUACUACCUCCAGCUUAGCAGAAAACACCAAAGCAGAUGCAGAUGAAUGCCAGCUCUUUGGAAGUGAGAUCUGUAAAGAUGGCUUUUGUCUCAACACCGCUGGCUGGUAUGAGUGUUAUUGCAAAUCUGGACUCUACUACGAUGAGAGCAAACUACAGUGUCUCGACACUGAUGAAUGCCAAGAUGAGGCAAAAUGUAGAGAUGGUGAAUGCAUGAACACAUAUGGCUCAUAUCAGUGUUUCUGCACCCCUCCUAUGGUUCUGGCAAUGGACAACACACACUGCAUAUUACCCGACGUAGCAGGGCAAAGUGAAGCUGACUUAUACUCAGGGGUUUGCUGGGAGAGAGUAACUGAAAACUUCUCCUGCGCAAAUCCUAUCCCCAACAUACACACCUCAUUCACAGAGUGCUGCUGUUUGUAUGGAGAGGCCUGGGGCAACGAUUGUGCUCUCUGCCCUGGGAAAAAUACAGACUCCUAUGCCCAAAUGUGUAAUAUCCGUCGACCGUAUGGUCGGGAUGCUCUGGUCGCUGGCCCAAUUGGGGUCAGCCCUGAUUAUAACCCUCAACCUCUGAAUCCUGACGGCACGCUUCCAUACAUUGAAGAUUACGAUGAACCAAGAAAUCCAUAUGAUGCAUUUGAAGGACUGCGAGCAGAGGAGUGCGGUGUGCUGAACGGAUGCGAGAACGGUCGGUGUGUGCGGGUACAGGAGGGAUACACCUGUGACUGCUUCGAUGGAUACACACUCGACAUGUCCCGCAUGGCCUGCGUGGAUAUCAACGAAUGCUCCGAGCUGAACGCAAAGAUGUCUCUUUGCAAGAACGGCAACUGCAUCAACACACAAGGCUCUUAUAAGUGUGUGUGCCUUCCAGGAUUCAUCCUCUCUGCCCAGCACAACUACUGCGUGCCCCACAGACAAAAUGCCACCAGUACGGGCACAGAGUGACCAGCAGAGGGCGCAAGAUGCUAAAAACACUCUUAUUUAAUCGAGGCCCAUAUAUUCUGCACUGUAUAAAAACAAACACCCUAAAACAACCCUACAAAAAUCCUACUUGAGAUGAAGAGAGUUUAAUGUGCCAUCUUAUGGUGUCUAUGAGAGAACUGUAUAAAAUAUUUGUUUUAUCGCUCUAUGUAAGUAUAUUAUUUUUUACUGUAUUAGGAAGUAGAAAAGGUGUGAACAUAGCAGAGGUGAUAUUUCAGCAAACUGACAAACCCUAUGACCUUAAACUGGGGGACUGCUUUAUUUUACCCAGUCAAAGACACCAAGCGUGUGGAUAUUUUAUAUUGCAAAAGCCAAACACUCUCCCUUGUGCUUUUAUUUUUUUUAUUUUCAAGUUCUUUACUUCCUUUUAGUCUGUUACCGAAUAAUUAAUUAUCUGAUUUUUCUUUCUUGUGCUUUUCUGUUCACUUUUUACACCAAACACACACUUGCAAUGCAUUCAUAGGAAACAUACACGGCACAAAAUGUCAAGUCUUUAAAAUAAGCUUUUUAUAUGAGCUGCUUUGUAUUAAUGACAGACGCCAGCUAUUUUUCUGUGUCUGGGACAUUAGUUCACUGCGGAUGUCUGCCCUGUGGAGCAGGCAUGACCUUUAACCUCAGCUUUUCUUCUAGAAAUUAUUCUUAUUUUUUCUUUAAAAAGAAAAUAUUAAAAUGAAGUGCCUUUAUGUUUUUUUUUUUUUUUUUUUUUUUUAGACAGAAAUUCUGCAUUUAAUAGACUUGGGGAAAUGUCUUGCCAGGUUGCAAAGCUGCUAUUAAACAGCCGUGGGAUUUAAAUUUUGUUUAGUUUUUUCACUCUAUUUCUCUCUCUCUUAUUUUUUUCUUUUUUUUUUUGUACAUUUAAACUGAAGAGUUGAUAAACUAUGUAUUUGUAAUUUGUACAUGAAUAAAUACCUUCUAAAUAUCCCAAAAUAAUGUAUUAAAACUCUUUAAAUAAAUCAGAGAGGUUAGUUUAUACAUA